AAGAAAACUAAUCCAAUAUCAACACGCAAAUUCCAUGGCGGCUGGACGGUCCAAAAUGCACCGCGCACGACAUUCAUAUCAUUGUUGCAUAAAAACCACACAAAAUUUCUUCAAUCUGUUGUCAGUUUUUAACUUUAAAAUCAAUUCAAAGCCGAUAUAGAGAGAGGGAAAAUAAACAGAGAAUCAAAUCAACGAAAUGGAUACGUUAAUGGAGGAAGAAGAGUACAACUGGAGAGAAGUGAAACUCCCAUCGCUAAUACCAGUUAUGCCGGAGCCGGAACUAGAGAGAGAAACAGGAGAGAGAAGGAGAGGAUGUGACAUAAUAAUCGCAGUUGAUCAUGGCCCCAAUAGCAAACAUGCGUUUCAUUGGGCUAUAACUCAUCUCUGCCGCCUCGCCGAUACAGUUCACCUUGUACAUGCCGUUUCCAGUUUGAAGAACCAGAUUGUUUACGAUACGACCCAGGUUCUUAUGGAGAAGCUUGCAGUGGAGGCUCUUGAGGUUGCUAUGGUAAAGUCGAAGGCUAGGAUUGUGGAAGGAGAUGCAGGGAAGGCAAUUUGCAAGGAAGCAGAGAGGUUGAAGCCCGCUGCUGUUGUUCUUGGCACCAGAGGCCGAAGCUUGAUGCAAAGUAUGCUACAAGGCAGCGUUAGUGAAUAUUGCUUCUACAAUUGUAAAACCGCACCAAUUAUUAUUGUUCCUGUAAAAGAGGCAGGGGAAGAAUCUGUUGUGUAACGGAGCAGGCAAAGAUGAGUAACUCCAUCGAAUCCUUGUCCUGCAUGUUAAUGUCGACUCCAGCUGUUUCUUGAGAGCAAAUUUCUGUUCAGAAUGAUUGUGUGUUUGUAUGGAUUAUAUUUUUAUGUAUUGAGUCAUUACUGACGUUAAAAUUUGUGUAUUAAAUAGCGUCUCUAUUUAUUUGAUCGUCUUGCUUCCUCA